AUCACGAGUCCAAACUUUCACUUUGGUUUUUCUCGAUUUUCUUGUCAUUGAGAAAUAAUGUCCGUUUGUCGGAUGAGUAUAUAAGGUUGCUUAGUUUAGUGGUUGACAAGGCAUUCGUCAGCACCAACGCAGAGCCUAUCUGUCACCUUAAAGUAUCCUAUGCAAACCUAAACGAUGAUGUUGUUCGACAAGAGUAGUCUUUCUGCAACGCUCUUCGUUUGCUGGAAAUUAUUGCUACUGUCAGAAGCGAUGCCGUACGGUGGGAUGAUGCCAUCACCCCCUGUAGUGGACACCUCCCCGUGGAUGCCUAUUGCUAAACCUAAUUACAUGUCCUAUGAGUCUUCGCGUAGUUACGAAGCCCCUUACGGAUCCCGAGUUGUCCCUCUACAAACGGCCUUCGUAUCCGCUCAUUCACCAGUCGUCACUCCGGAAAACAUUAUUUUCACAAUGCCUGAAACUCCUACUUCUGCAUCGUGGAUUCCACCGACUCCACCGGCUUCCGAAGCUCCAGCCGCCGGGUUAUGGGUUCAGCCGAAUCCUACACCCGAAGCUCCAGCCGCCGGGUUAUGGGCUCCACCGAAUCCUACACCCGAAGCUCCAGCCAUCGGGUUAUGGGCUCCACCGAAUCCUACACCCGAAGCCGCUGGCACUAUUCCACCAGUUUCGCAUGAAUGGGCUUCUACCGGACCUCUCCCAGUGGUCCCCUAUUGGAUGAGAUCAUCAAGCAAUUCCGCAAUGCCUCCAUCUCUUCCUGUUGCUGAACCAGCGAUUGAAGUUCCAGCAAACGAGUUUCCUCAGUUGGAAGACCCUUGGGCUCUUUCACAACCAUCUCCACCACCACCUCAAGGGCAGAAUGAUCAUGUUGAAACUAACGUAAUUUUAAGACCUGUCCAAGAUUCGAUUAGUCCCGUAGCAGAAGGACAGCCGCAAGACAACUGGCCAGAGACUCCACGAGUGGUGGUGGAGGCAGACAAACUACCUGCUUUACCACCAGCUACGUUUGGUCAAUUUGCUGUUCAACCAGCCCGCUAAACACAUCCUUUAUAAGUUUAUAUCUAAAUACGGUUUUAUAAUAAUUACUGUACAUAAAUUGCGAAUCAUAAAUGAGCUCGUGAAACUGUAUUCAUAGGCAUCUUGAAAAGAAACGUUCCCUCGUGUUAACUACCCAAAAAUGUGCCUGUAUAUUGCAGGUACAUAUUAUAUAUUUGUAGGUAAUUGCUUGUGUUUUGGAAAAUUUUAUUGUGACUGGUACAUGCAUUUUAUUAUUAUAUAGCGGGCUUGAAACUAGAAAAUAGUUUCAUUGAAUGUGACAUCGGAGAAUGCUUUACACUAACAAGAUCGUAAAGAUAA